AUGAAGAAGGUUCUUUGGGAAAAUGGAGUGAAAAUAUCAUUUGGUGUUCUUGGAAUAAUUUACUUUCUUUAUUUAAAAAGGUAUAUUAUUCAGGAGUGGGGAAUAUAUCAAAUGAAAAAAAAAGAAAGAGAUAUUAACACAAACAAAAUUCAAUUUUUUGAAGAUCAUGAAAAUGUGAAAUACAUUUUAGACGAGGAAAAAAAUAAGAGAUAUAAAAGGGAAUUCACUUACAAGAAGGAAGAGCAAUAA